AUGUUGAGGCAGAUACUGACCACCCCGUCAGACGCUGAAGCCAACAGUCUUCUCAAAGAUUACAGACGCCGUAUAUUAAAACCAGCGCAAAUAGGGACUGCUCUGGUCGCAGGCACAAUGGUCGCUGUAGCCGAAUUGUUCCAUCAUGAGGCUACACUUCGAAAUACAUCAUCACGUGUCUUGGGAAGCUUGGUGCCGACAUACUUGGCCCAUUUGCGGGCAAACAUAUUGGUGGCGGUUGGAUUGGUCGCGCCCAAAAUAUGA